UUUGCCGGCGGUUGGGGUGGCGGUGGAUAUGGAGGUGGCGGUGGAUGGGGUGGUGGCGGAGGCGGCGUGUGCACCACUUGUGGUGGCGAUGAGGGCGGGUAUGAAGUGGUGAAAGUGAUUAAGAAAAAGAGAAUCGUUAGGCCUUCAUAUGGCGGUGGGUAUGGCGGUGGACACGGAGGUUAUGGAGGCGGUGGUGUCUGCACGACAUGUGGAGGUGGGGGCGGUUAUGGUGGUGGAGGUUAUGGCGGUGGCGGACACUCCAAGAAAAUUAUCAUCAAAAUCGGUGGCGGCGGACGUGGCCAUCACGGAGGCGGUGGUGGAGGCUGUGGUUACGGUGGAUGUGGUGGUGGAGGCUAUGGCGGUGGUGGACACGGAGGUGGAGGCGGUUAUAAGAAAAGUUUCAGUGCUUCCGGUUCUAUACACGUAUCUGGAGGGGGCGGAGGAUAUGGUGGCGGACACGGGGGUGGAUAUGGCGGUGGCGGUUACGGUGGAGGUGGCGGCGGCUGUGGUAGUGGUCUGUGCGGUGAUAGCGGUUGGGAUAAGAAAAAGUAA